UUCAGUCAAUACAGGAACGAGUUACUGUGCGCCCUUUUACUAAGUUGGCGCUAAAAUUAAACAGAGAAUAUGGUGAACUCAGGGACCAAAAGAUCUUCAAGGCACAUCACAUCAUCAAAAGAAAACAUUCCGCUGAAUCGGAAGAGAUUCAAUACCAGGGUUCGUCCAAAGAAGCAGUAUGAAGUGCCGGUCCAGGAGCUGGGAUGUGAUCUGUUAUCAGAAAGCGGGAGUUCAGAGGAAGAGAACCUGGAAAUCACGCCUUGUGUCUGCAGUGAAGCCAACGAAUCCCUUUUGUUAAAGGCGCCCAGAGUUUUACAGAACAGUCAGAGAGACAAUAUACUAGUAGAGUCGGUGUUACAAACCAUCAAACGCCCGUCUAAACGAGAUGUCAGUCAGCACGAUACAGCUAGUUACCCAGAAAUACCUCACAAUGACACAGAUUUCUUCAGCAGCCUGUCUGACGAGAUGAUCCUGCGCAUCUUUCACUGGUUACCCAAGUUCACGCUCGCUAAGUGUGCUCGAGUCUGUCGCCGCUGGAACUGUGUAGUAGGCGACCGGUCUCUUUGGAAGAGGAUAGAUCUGGCCAACAGAAGAGUUACCUCCUCCUGUUUAGGGCUGCUCCUUCAUCGCGGCGUUCAAGUCCUGCGCCUCACAAAGACAGAGGUCACGGAGGAUGGGUUUGAUGGAUACUGGAAGGGGGACAAAACAGGCUUCCAGUACUUGCAGUACCUUGAUCUUAGUCUGUCCUCAGCCAGCACAAGGAUAAUGGGACAUUUAUUUACUUCCUGUCAGAGUCUGAAGAAACUGAGUCUGGAGCUCUGUACUAUAGACGACAAUGUCGCCACUUUGUUUGGCCAGAACCCGAACCUGCAGGUGUUGAACCUGAGCAUGUGUGAGGGACUUAGUACCGCUGGAUUGGCAGCCAUCUUAGGAGGAUGUCGACGGUUGACCUCUCUGAACUUAGCCUGGACCGGUUUAAGGAGACAGAGUGUGGCCUACUUGUCAGUUUGUCUCCCUUCUUCUGUCCGUAAACUCAACCUCAGUGGAUGCCGGGAGAACAUCACUGAUGAAGAGGUGUUACAGCUGGUGCGUGCCUGCCCCGGUCUUAUGGAGCUUGAUCUCUCUGACUCCACGGUCAUUACUGAACAGUCCAUCUCCCAUAUCAUGUCUCACCUUGACAAGCUCCAGUACCUGGCCCUCAGCAGGUGUUACAGACUGCCCGUCACCAGCAUCAGGGAGUUGUCCUGUCACCCUAGUCUUGCUGAGGUCGAGGUCUUUGGAAUGUUUCGUGAUGGAACAAUGGAACAGCUGAAACACGAGAUGAGGAAUGUGGAAUUGAACCGCUAUCCAUUCUCCAGCGUGGCACGACCGACCACUGGGAUCAGAAUGACCUCACUAUGGGGACUAAGGGUCAGGGACAAUGCUGUGUAAUGAUGACCAUGGACAGGGACAGUGCUAUGUUAAGAUUUACAGAAAUAUGAUGGGGGAUAAAAGAUGCCACACACAGUGGGCAGCAGUGACAGAUGUUAUACAUAUCCAUCUCAGGAAUUCACACAAACUCAAAAAUAAGUAAUUUAUUUAUAGGGUUAGAUGUGCGUUUUUUAUGGUAGGGUCUGCUAUAUAUAAAAAUUUACAUGUACCUAUAGGCAUUUGUUUAAGAAACAAAGUUAAAAAGUUCAGCGGGAUAAGAACUUGGUUGGUCAUGUGAUUAAAUCCUGUGAAGACCGACGGGCUUCUCGGAAGAUUUGAUCAUGUAUCAACCAAAUUCAUAUCCCGUUGAACUCUUAACAUUGCUGUUCAUUAAUUAUAUUUACAUUUGGAAAAGGCAAAUUGUUUGGAAUUUUUAAAAUUACCAAGAUUUUAUGUUUGAAAUAAUCCAAGCAACUAACGAUGAAUGUGUGCAAUGAUCAUUGGGACGUCAUGAAAAAGCUCACAAAGAAUUGAACGUAUUACUAUUCUAUAGGGUCAUAUAGGGAAACAUUUACAAAUGUAAAUAUUUUAGUAAUUAUUAAAUAUCCAUUUCCAAAUCUAUCAGCCACAGAAAGGCUAAUGCUUUUGAGGUUAACCUCAAUAUGAAUCAACUAAAAACUUGAUAUACAAAAUGACUCAAUUGAAAUAUAUGUGACUAUAACAUUUUUUUGCUUUGUUUGUUGAUAAUUGUAGUAUAUCUUAAAGCCAAUAUAAAUACCUUUUUAAAGAAUCUAUUAAUAUUUAAAUAUUUUUAUCCCUCUUGGUUUUUAGACACUUCCAUAUUUUAGCUAGGGAAGAAUUCUACUGUCUAUAGGGUUGUUUUGUCUUUAUUAACUUCAGAUGUCCUAAUUAACAUUCAAGGUGUGUUUGGGUCAUUUAGAAAGCAUAAUUAUUAUGUUAGUAGAUAUUAUGUGUUAGAAUGUGUUGUGUCUGACUUUAUAUGUGUGCUAUUUGUAUAUCAGAUGUUCUUUUACUCAUAUUUAUCAUGGUUUUAAAAGUUUGUGGAUUGUAAGAAAGAAAAAGUGUGUUCAACAGAAGAUGUAAGUUUCAAUGAAACUGAGUUGCCAUAGUAAAUGUUAAUCAGUAGUGCGUCAUUUUGUUAGCAGUGUGCUUGGUUAGAAAUGUUUGUUUGUUAAAUGACACGUUAGUGCUUGUUGUGUUACAAGUGAACUGUAUGGGGACAACUGGGCAUUGCCUGGUCAUUUGCUUGUUACUUGUUCAGAUCUAUUUUAUCAUUAAACAGAGAAAUCUUUA